CAAGUCCGUUGUUUGAUGUUCAUUGUUUUGAGUUUACGUUUUUUGAAUGAUAGUGAUGGUGUCGUGAUAUGGAGGUUUCUAGGAUUUUCUCACUGUCGUUUAGCUUUCUAGGGUUUUUCUUUUUUUGUGAUUUCAAGGGUUUUUUUUAACUUAAGUAUUUUCUUGUAGGUUUUGUUGUGAUCAUCGCCAAUGGAAAAUCCCCGUAAAAGGCAGAAGAGCACAUCUGGUUUGUGGCUUGAAGAUAAUACAAUGCGUGUUCGAUUGUGUUUCAAAGAUAUAGAUGAGCUGAAGAAGGCAGUGGACUGGUGGUCCAUUAAGAGGCAGCAAAAAUGUUUACUAAGAGAGACAGACAAGGACAUUUAUGUGUUUGAGUGUGUAAGAUGGCAAUGCAAGUGGUCAAUUUGUGCUUCUAGAAUUGAAGAAGGCGGUCUUUUUGAGAUAACCAAGUGUUGUGGUCCACAUAUAUACUUGUCGACCUAACUAUUCUUCACAAGAUUUUAAAGUCGAGUUUUUAGAAUGUGAGAUUGAACGUGUGGUCAGGGUACAACCCAUGCUUGUUGAAAGAAAAAUUCGGCUAUGCCCUUGAUAAAGUGGUGGAGCAUUGUGGGGAAGGACUUUUGCAGGAUGCGAAAGAGAAAGCUAUCAAAGGACUUUUUGGAGAUUGGGAUCAGAGUUUCAGGAUCAUGCCCAAGUUAAUGUCUGCGCUUCACUCUUCUAAUGGCCUGCUCGUGGACUGGCAAUAUGAUUCUUUGCCUAAUCCUGAACACGCUUACUUUCGCGGCGUGUUUUGGGCAUUUUCACAGUCUAUCCAAGGGUUCCAACAUUGUAGACCUCUGAUCGUUGUGGACACCAAAAACUUGGGCGGUGAAUACAAAAUGAACUUGAUGAUUGCCUCUGCGUUUGAUGCAGCCAAUCAGUUUUUUCCGCUUGCCUUUGCAGUGACUAAAGAAGUAUCCAUUGAUAGUUGGCGUUGGUUUCUCACCAAAAUCAGAGACAAGGUAACACAGAGGCAAGGCAUUUGCCUUAUCUCUAGUCCCGACCCCGACAUUCUCGCUGUUAUUAAAGAGCCCGGGUCUCAGUGGAAAGAACCUUGGGCUUAUCACAGGUUCUGUCUGGAUCAUCUGUGUUCCCAAUUACGUAGCGUUUCUCCAGGCUACGACCACAAUAUGGAGUUUCUUGUAGAGCAUGCUGGUUUGUCAAGUAAGAAGGAAGAAUUUGAUUCUUACAUGAAGAAGAUUAAAGAGAGUAAUCCAGAAGCUUGGAAAUUGUUAGACCAAAUCCCUCCACAUCAAUGGGCUCUAGCUCAUGACAGUGAUCAUCGGAGAUACGGAAUCAUGAAGAUAGAUACUGAAGCUCUCUUUGCUGUUUGUAAAAGAUUUCCUAACGUUGCAAUGACAGGGGGUGUGAUGAUUCUGUUUGGUGAGCUGAGAGACGCUUUUGACGAGUCUUUUAGCCGUAGCCGUGGUUCUCUUAACCGCGGUGAUGUGUACACAGAACAUGUCAUGGAAAAGCUUGAAGAGUUCAUGAAAGUUUCUGCUACUUGGGUUAUAACGCUCUUCGAAGGAGAUGCAUAUCAGGUCAACUUCGAAGGGAUUGUUAAGUUGAAUGAGUCAACCUGCACUUGUGGAGAGUUUCAAAGGAACAAGUUCCCAUGUCUGCACGCUCUAGCAGUCUGCGAUGAGCUGAAUAUCAACCCGUUGCAGUAUGUAGACGAGUGUUACACUAUUGAACGGUAUCACAAAACGUACGCGGCUACAUUUUCUCCUGUUCCGGAGUUAUCAGCUUGGCCGGAAGCUUCUGGCGUUCCAACAUUGCUUCCUCCGGUCAUUGAGCAGCCUCCACCUAAAGUAUUAGGUACGUGAAACAAAUUAAAUAGGCACUGGUGAGCUGAAAGAUAGUUAGACAGAUUUGAAUAAAAACGGGUUUAGGAACUAGGAUUAUUAUGCUUGGCUUACUAAUUCUAUUUCUCUAGUAUCUCUUUGACUUUUGGGAAGUAUAUGAUGUCUCUAUAUGAUUGUACCGUUGUAAAGGAGAUAUAUUGUGUUAUUAUUUUUCUGACACCAUGUUUGUGUUAUAUUGUAAAAGGGAAAGAGACCGAGGAUGUUCAUCUCGAAGAAGAAGAAGAAGAUAUUACUACAAGAAAACAUAGCCAUUUCCAAGGAAAAUUUCCGACGAAAUGUUUGGUCGGAAAUUUUCCAACAGGUUUCCGACGAAUUUCCGACAAGAUUCCGAGGAAAAA